AUGAAUCCUUGUGUUUUUAUAAUUUUCUCACUUCUCUUGCUCCUCCUUGUGAAUGCAACUGCCAGCCAAUUGGAAGGAGAUGAUAGAAAUAUGAAAAAGUGUUUGGAUAAUGAGAGAGAUGCUCUCCUUCUUUUCAAAGCUCCCCUUCACGACCCCUCUGAUACUCUCUCUACAUGGAGAUCUGACCAACAUGACUGCUGUAAAUGGAGUGGAGUCGAGUGCAACAACCAAACUGGUCACGUCACAAAGCUUGAACUCAACAACUUCUUUUCACAGGGUGGUCUUGGAGGUGAGAUUAGCCAUUCCUUGCUUAACUUAACCUACUUGAAUCAUCUUGAUCUUUCUGACAAUUCUUUUCAUGGAACCAUUCCCACUUUCAUUGGUUCUUUGACUCGAUUAAGGUACCUUUCCCUUUCCUACAAUUCCUUUCAUGGAGCUAUUCCCAGGUCCAUUGGUUACUUGACCCAGUUAAGGCACCUUUCCUUUUCCAGUAACUCUCUUUAUGGAACCAUUCCUUCACAGUUUGGAAACCUCACCAACUUGCAAGACCUUUAUCUUGAUUCUGUUGGAAGUUGUAGAGUUGAAAACAUGGAGUGGUUGUCUCAUCUCUCUCAUUUGGAGGAUCUGAGAAUGGAUGGGAUUUCCCUUGCGAAUGCAAAUAAUUGGGUAGGUGUAAUUUCGAGUCUCCCAAAACUGUUGAGUUUAAGUUUAGAUGGAUGUGAGCUGUCACAGGUCAUGUAUCCAUAUUCUUCUUUUCACAACUCUUCUUCAUCUAUUCAAUACCUUUUUCUUACAAACAACAAUCUGAACUCAUCCAUGUAUCGCUGGUUGCUUCCAUUAACCAGCAAUAAGCUUAAUUCUCUUCUUCUCUCUGGCAAUAUGUUAGAUGGGAUACCCAAAUACCUUGGGAACCUCUGUAGUUUGGAACGUUUGUACAUCGUUAACAACUCUGCUGUUGUCAAAUUUCCUGAUUUUCUCAACAACUUGUCUGGAUGCACGUCCUUGACCUUACAAAUGUUGAUUACUCGAGGUAGCCAAUUUACAGGGUCACUGUCUGAUGAGAUCCAGAAGUUUGCAUCCCUAGAAUCUCUGUACCUAUCUGAUAAUCAGUUAAAUGGAAGUAUAAGUGAGAAACUGUGGGAACUACCCAGGCUCCAAAUUCUUGACCUUUCUUCUAAUAAUCUUACAGUUCCUUCCACAUAUCACUUGUCAAGCCUUUCUUAUGUAAAGGUUAUUGGUCUGAUGUCUUGUAAGAUAGGGCCUCACUUCCCAAAAUGGAUUCAUACACUCAAAAAUCUUACCAGUCUUGAUCUUUCCAAUACUGCAAUUUCAGACACAACUCCUCUCGAGUUUUGGGCCACAUGGCCUUCUCAAUUAGAAUAUCUGAAUCUCUCUUCCAACAACAUUAGUGGGAAAGUACCAGAUUUAUUAUCAAAUUUUGCCAACCUUUCUGUGAUAGAUUUGAGUUCCAACAACUUUCAUGGUCCAAUACCAAAUAUUGCUUCCACUUUGGCAUCAUUAGAUCUUUCCAGAAACAGGUUUUCUGGGGGAAUCUCAUUUAUAUGCCAGAUUGUUGGUGGGUUCUUGUCAUUGCUUGACCUCUCUCAUAACUCAUUAACUGGACAACUCCCAGACUGUUUGUGGCAUUUCAAACAACUAAAAAUUGUUAAUCUGGGGCACAACAAUCUCUUUGGAAGGCUUCCUCCCUCUGUUGAAUAUCUGAUCAAUCUCAAGGUAUUGCAUUUAUACAAGAAUGAAUUAUCUGGCGAAUUGCCUUUGUCAUUAAAGAAUUGCACGAGUUUAAACUCGUUGAAUUUGGGAGCCAACAAGUUCUCUGGUAAUGUGCCUGUCUGGAUUGGGGAAAAGUUAACAGGAUUGUAUGUUCUUAUCCUAAGAUCAAACAACUUCAUUGGAACCAUCCCUUCAAAAUUAUGUCAAUUAGCAUAUCUUCAAAUUCUAGACUUGUCAAUGAACAAUCUCUAUGGAACCAUACCCUCGUGUUUGAGUAAUCUUACAAGCAUGGUUCUACAAGGAUUCUCACAAGAUAUAAAGGUAUAUAGAACUGAAGGAGGUCAAACAUAUGUUUGGACAACAUAUGUUGACAAUGCGAUGAUUAGGUGGCAAGGAGAUGAACGGGAAUUCUUUAACACUCUAAAAUUGGUGAAGAGCAUUGACCUUUCAAGCAACAAUUUAGCAGGACAAAUCCCAUACGAAAUUACCAAUCUUCAUGACUUGAUUUCUCUAAACUUGUCAAACAACGAUCUAUUUGGAGAUAUUCCACAGAAAAUUGGUGAGAUGAAAAAUCUUUUGACUUUGGAUUUAUCUAGAAACAAUUUUUCAGGGCAGAUACCAUCAAGCAUGUCUCAGAUGAGCUUACUGAAUUACCUAGACAUGUCAUUUAAUAACUUGACAGGGAGAAUCCCAUCUAGCACACAGCUCCAGUCCUUUGAACCUUCAAGAUACGAUGGAAAUGUAGGACUAUGUGGACCUCCUCUUAACAAAAAAUGUCCUGAGGAUGAAGAUUUAAAAGUGCCACCUGUCGUUGGUGAAAGUGUGGGUGAUGGGGAAGGUGGAGAUGAAAUUUGGGGAUGGUUCUAUAUUGGUGGGGGGACUGGUUUUGCUACUGGAUUUUGGAUAGCAUGUGGUGCUUUACUUGUCAACCGCCGUGGAAGACAUGCUUUUUUUCACUGUUAUGAUAACUUCAAAGACAGGGUUUAUGUCAAGAUAGUGGCAUUCAUAUCAAAUUUACAAAAGGCUCGACAGAUGUAG